GUUGCUCCGAGCAGCCAAUCAUAGAUUCCGACGCCAGAGCCUAAAUAAGAGCGGCGGAAUAGUUUGUCGGUAUAAAAAGGCUUUUGGGCGAAUUGAAGCAUGCCAUCUGCCGCUACCUGCCCGGUGUGCAUGGCGCACGGUGUUAUUGUUACUGCUGCCACACAGAGAAGCACCAGUUCGUCCUCACUCACGCGCCGCUCUGACCGGCCUCAUCAUGCAUUUGGCGCAGGUUCUCAUCCCGCUGGGUUUCGUGGUGGCUUUCGGGCCGAUGGCGCGCGCUGACACCGGAGCACCGGAGCAGCAGCAGCACCAGCAGCAGCAGCAGCAGCAACACCCGCAACAGCAGCAGCAGCAACACCCGCAACAGCAGCAGCCCACCGCCGUGACCGAGGAGGCGCAGUGUUCCGCCGCCAGCGUGUGCGCGUUCCGCCAGCACAGCAAGCAGCUCCGUCUGCAGGCCAUCAAGUCUCAGAUCCUGAGCAAGCUGCGCCUGAAGCACGCGCCUAACGUCAGCCGAGACGUGGUCAAGCAGCUGCUGCCGAAAGCGCCGCCGGUGCAGCAGCUGCUCGACCAGUACGACGUGCUCGGGGACGACGGCAAGCCGGGCACCGCGCUCCCGGACGACGAGGAGGACGAAGAGGAGCGCGCGACCACCGAGACCGUCAUGAGCAUGGCCGCCGAGCCCAACCCCGACGUUCAAGUAGACCAAAAACCGAAGUGCUGUUUUUUCUCCUUCAGCCCAAAGAUCCAAGCGAGCCGCAUUGUAAGGGCACAGCUCUGGGUGCACUUGCGCCCAGCGAACGAAGCAACCACGGUGUUCUUGCAGAUAUCACGACUCAUGCCUAUCAAAGAUGGUAGAAGGCAUGUGAGAAUACGUUCGCUGAAAAUCGAUGUGGAGGCCGGCGUCAGGUCGUGGCAGAGCAUCGAUGUCAAGCAGGUACUUGCAGUGUGGCUGAGGCAACCGGAAACCAACUGGGGAAUCGAGAUCAACGCGUUCGACUCCAAAAGCAACGAUCUGGCUGUCACCUCUGCAGAGCCUGGUGAAGAGGGACUGCUUCCAUUCUUGGAGGUCAAAAUUUCCGAAGUGCCCAAGCGAACCAGGAGAGAAUCAGGACUGGACUGUGACGAGAAUUCGUCCGAGUCCCGCUGCUGCCGCUACCCCCUUACGGUGGACUUUGAAGACUUCGGCUGGGACUGGAUUAUUGCCCCAAAACGCUACAAAGCUAACUACUGCUCGGGCGAGUGUGACUAUUUGCAUUUGCAGAAGUAUCCACACACGCACCUGGUGAACAAAGCCAACCCGCGUGGCACUGCCGGCCCCUGCUGCACGCCCACCAAGAUGUCUCCCAUCAACAUGCUUUACUUCAACGGAAAAGAGCAGAUCAUCUACGGCAAGAUCCCCUCCAUGGUGGUGGACCGCUGUGGCUGCUCGUGAUCGAUGUGCCCAUGCAGGGACUCGUGCCGUUCUGUUUCCAAACAUUUCCCUCUGGACUUCUUUACGACACCUUACAACCAUUAUCCAUGCUAACACUGUGCAAUAUGCAAUAGAACCAGAAUAGCAGCAAGCAAGGAACCAUCCACAGAGCACCGCUUACUUUCACUGACUUUUUAUUCGUUUACGCUUUAUCUGCAUCUUGGGGUCAGAGGUCACAUGGACGUACUGAAGGAAUGUAAUGCCGGUCCGACUUGGAGGAAUGGACGAAAAAAUAAUCUAUACAGUUCACGUAGUACCAAAAAAACACACAUUCAAACCAGUUCAACAAUAUCCAUUUAGUCAUGUUCUCACUCCAAACAGCUGUUAAGAGUCAAGUAUCCAAGAGCAACAGAGAAGGACUCAAGGACACUUUUGAAAAAGGAAGAAAAAAAAAAAAGCUUGAAUACCUGUCUAAAGAUUUUAGGCAACCUGAAGCAAGUCUUCGUUUUACAGUAAACACAACAUACCAGUUAAUUGUAUUGUAACUUUUCACUACUCAACUGCUUGAACCUGCCCUAUACACUUGAACUAUUAUUAUAUUAAUAAGGACAGAAGGACUUGAACCAGAGGCACUUUGAAUGCAGUCUACAUGUUGAAAUGUGUUAAAGACAGAGUUUUUUUUUUUGUUGUUUUUUUUAUUUUUAUUUUAGUAAGUGUGUGUGAAUGUUCAAACCACGCCGCUUACUCUCUGUCUUCAAACCACAGUUUGCACUAUGGCAGACCAAUAGAAAGAAUUGGUUGCUAAAAAUAAUAAUU